AUAGAAAAAAUAGAAAAUCCUAGAGAGAAUAUAGCUUAUGAGUUAGUAAAUAAUGAGAGUAAAUUAACAAAUGAAAAUAAACAAAAAAUUCUUGAGCUAGCAAAAAAAAUAAAAAAAGAAGAAAAUAUUGCUAGUUUAUUAAAGAAAUCUGGUAACAACGCAAAGAAAAUUUUAAUAAUUACGGUAUCUUUCAAUGAUCAAGAAGAAAAG